AUGGCGACGUCCCUCGGCUCCAACACCUACAAUAGACAGAACUGGGAAGACGCGGAUUUCCCAAUUCUCUGUCAAACAUGUUUAGGAGAAAACCCUUACAUUCGAAUGACCAAAGAGAAGUAUGGAAAAGAAUGCAAGAUCUGUGCCCGACCCUUUACCGUGUUCCGCUGGUGUCCUGGAACACGGAUGCGUUUCAAGAAGACUGAAGUCUGUCAGACUUGCAGUAAAAUGAAGAAUGUUUGUCAGACAUGCCUGCUGGACUUGGAAUAUGGUUUACCCAUCCAGGUUCGAGACACAGGGAUGGCUAUCAAAGAUGACAUUCCCCGCUCGGAUGUGAACAAAGAAUACUUUACGCAGAACAUGGAGAGAGAGUUAGCCAAUUCGGAUGGCACACGGCCACCCGGUCAGAUUGGAAAGGCGACCAGUUCUAGUGACAUGUUGCUGAAACUAGCCCGCACAACACCGUACUACAAGAGAAACCGUCCACACAUCUGCUCCUUCUGGGUUAAGGGGGAGUGCAGGAGAGGGGAAGAGUGUCCCUAUAGACAUGAGAAGCCCACGGAUCCCGAUGACCCUCUCGCUGACCAAAACAUCAAGGAUCGUUACUAUGGUAUUAAUGAUCCGGUGGCUGACAAGCUACUCAAGCGGGCCUCAACCAUGCCUAGACUGGACCCACCUGACGACAAGUCCAUCACCACGCUCUAUAUCGGGGGUCUUGGUGAAACGGUCACAGAUGGUGACCUCAAGGGGUUCUUCUACCAGUUUGGUGAGAUUCGUACCAUCACAAUUGUACAAAGGCAGCAGUGCGCCUUCAUCCAGUUUGCCACAAGGCAGGCUGCUGAAAUGGCUGCAGAGAAGUCUUUCAACAAGCUUAUCGUUAAUGGUCAGAGGCUCACUGUAAAGUGGGGAAGGUCUCAGGCAGCAAGAGGAAAGGAGGGUGAAGGAGUUUCUGAGAUGGGCACCAGAUUGGAUCCUGUGCCAGGAUUGCCAGGAGCACUACCUCCGCCACCACCUAUUGAUGAAGAAGCUCCAGCAAAUUAUUUUAACCUAGAUGCGAGUAGCUCACCAGCUGUCAUGAACCUUACUCUGCCGCCGCCCCCAGGCCUCAACCCACCGCCUCCAGGUUUUGGUCCCCCAAUGUUUCACCCCAUGGGCCCCAUGGCUCCACCUAUGCCCCCACCCAUGAGCAUGAGACCUCCAGGUCAAAUCCACUACCCCUCCCAGGAUCCUUUGAGAAUGGGUGCACAUGCUGCACAUGGGGCACGCCACGGUGAUUAG